AUGGAGCUGCUGUGCGGCGAGGGGGCCGCGAGGCGGGCGGCGGCGGACCCCAGCCUGGCCCGCGACGAGCGCGUCCUGCGCAACCUGCUGGCCGUCGAGGAGCGCUACCUGCCCCGCUGCUCCUACUUCAAGUGCGUCCAGAGGGACGUGCAGCCCUUCAUGCGGCGGAUGGUGGCCACCUGGAUGCUGGAGGUCUGUGAAGAGCAGAAGUGCGAGGAAGAGGUGUUUCCCUUGGCCAUGAAUUACCUGGACAGAUUUCUGGCCGUGGUGCCCACCCGCAAAUGCCACCUGCAGCUUUUGGGGGCGGUGUGCAUGUUCCUGGCCUCCAAGCUGAAAGAGACCAUCCCCCUCACAGCGGAGAAACUUUGCAUCUACACCGACAAUUCCAUCAGACCUCAAGAGCUCCUGGAUUGGGAGCUGGUGGUCUUGGGGAAAUUGAAGUGGAACCUUGCUGCGAUCACCCCCCAUGACUUUAUCGAACACAUCCUAAGGAAGCUUCCUUUCCCUCAAGACAAGCUGCUUUUGAUCCAGAAGCACGCACAAACUUUUAUUGCUCUGUGUGCCACAGAUUUUAACUUUGCCAUGUAUCCGCCAUCAAUGAUAGCGACAGGGAGUGUGGGAGCAGCUGUCUGUGGCCUGCAGCUGGACGAGGGAGAAAGCCUUCUCUCUGGUGAUGUCUUAACAGAACUUCUGGCCAGAAUCACAAACACAGAAGUGGACUGCCUGAAAGCAUGUCAAGAACAGAUUGAGUCAGUUCUAGUAAGCAAUCUUCAGGAAGUCCCGCAGCAUCAAGGCGGUGCUUCAAAGACCGUGGAUGAGCUGGAUCAGUCCAGCACUCCCACAGAUGUGAGGGACAUCAACCUGUGAAGACAUCAUCAUGGAAAGUUGCGUCCACCAGCCCC